AAAAAAAAAAUGGACAAUUCUUCCUCCGAUUCUUCUCGGUAACACUUCUAUAAUUCGUGAUUGAUAUAAAUUAAUUUUUAAUAGUUGAUUUGGGGUAGUGAGUGUAGUUAGAUAAUAAAUAAAAAGUGAAUAAAAGGGACAAUAGUAUAUAGAGAAGAUAAACGCUAGAAUGAAUUCCCAGACCUCUCGAUGACAAAUCCACACAAAUUCACAUGUGCAAACAAUGGAGUGACAAAAGCCCAAUAAACAAUUGAGCAAUGUCAAGAUGACUGAGGAUAAACAUGAGAGACAUUGUUUCUGUUGAUCAUUGUGUCGUGGAUAAUUGGAGUCUUCAAUGUUGCCCUAAUAAUAUCGACGAAUUUUGAAACAUUAUGAUUGAUUGGUGGUGAUUCAACGAAUUUUUUCUGAUGGUAUCGGUUUAAUGAGUGACCUUUAUUGACUCCAUCUUACUUCAUGGAGAUAACAACAGAUGAAAUGAUACGAUCAUUGCGAAAAAAACAGUCUUGAUUGUCAAUUGGUUGUGAUGCACUGGAUAUGUCGCAUUUGAUGCAGAAAGGAUGGGUUGCGUCAACAGUCGGGCUGACAUCAAUGAUCUCCAUCCAAAUAUAUUUCAAGUGAUGAAUGUCGAUGACUUAGGGAAUUUAAUAACUCCCGGUAGAUUAGAAGUUACGGAAUCUGAUAUUGUACUUUAUCAACGAGGCAGACAGGCUGUCAAGUGGCCCUUGAGAUGCCUCAGACGAUAUGGAUAUGAUUCCGAGAUAUUUACUUUUGAAUCUGGCAGGAGGUGCUCCACUGGGCCUGGUAUAUAUGCAUUUAAAUGUCGAAGGGCUGAUCAACUGUUUAAUCUCGUGCAAACCAAUAUUCAGGAUUGCAACAACAGCGGAGAGGACGCAAUAUCCCGUGACUUAUCGAUGCCCUUGCAUACCGGUCCAACGAUAACCCGAAUGACAAUACCAAGCGAGGGAAAUUACCUCGACCCAACGCCAAUUCGUCCAAGCUCACGAAUAAGCAUGGCAACCCGUUUUCCCCAUAGCCAGCAAAAUGGUUUCGGUCGGCUUGGAAGUGUUGGCAGCAGCAGUGGUCCAAUAUCCCCACAGGGUACAAUGGGCUCCCCCUCCCCACCCCCAUUGUCACCAAUGACACUGCCACCACCUCCUCCACCCCCAACAACAACCACCACCCAGUCCCUGAAGCCCUCAUUAUCCCAUCCCCCAAGCCAAUCAGCCCUGUACGUUAACGAAGAGAUGUUAUCAGCAAUCACCAUGGAACUCGAGCACAAUAACAACAAGAGCCUAAGAAGAACAAUGCAAAGAUCUUAUACAAUGAGCAGUACCACCUCCAGCAGUGGAUUGAUAUCAGAAUCAAUUGGCAUAACAAGUCAAUCCACCCAGGAGUAUCACAAUCGACCUCCACCACUUCCCAACGUAUCAUCCUACAUGAAUAUCGAUAUAAGCAGCGAUGCAAGUCCACUGUCACCGUCCCACAGUAUUUCUAUAUCAACACCAUUGAAAGAGGACACUUCUGAGACAGAGACUGGUAAUGUCGGUCAUGCCUACAUGAACAUCAGUCCAGGUAUCGAUAAUGUCAGUGACACUCUUCACAUCAACAGAUCUAGACCCACUCUCACAGCAUUGUCAACACCCACUCAUUUACCACCUCAACAAUCUGAUAAUUAUCCCUGGGAUGAUCGUGAUAACUCUCGUCACUGCUACGAAAAUCUCGAGCCUGGGGAGAUCGAUGGACUGCGAAUGAAGGUAUCGGUUAAUUCUGAUAAGUCGUCGUUACCACCGACAACUCCUCCUGGGGAGAUCAUCAAGGAAGUUAAUUAUGCCGUCCUGGAUCUCGAUAAGAAUAAUGUCUCUGUCAUGGUGACUGGGGAGAACGCUGGCUCGAUCAUUCUCCCUUCACCACCGGAGUCCCCGAGUAAAAUGGGUAAGGGGUAUGCCACUAUUGAUUUUAAUAAGACAGCUGCUCUGUCCCAUUCUGUUAAUCCUAAUGGGGUUAAUGAUAAUGAGGGAUCGAGAAAGACGAGGCAUAAUUCGACGAUCAAUGAUCUUGCUGCACCGAGACAGAGUUCAUCCAUCAGUGAGUGAGAUUUUUUUGCUUUCCUGGAGUUUGGAGGUGAGUGGAUCUCAAGUUAGUUGUCAAAGAGUCAAAUGGUCAAGAGUCACAGUUAAUUCAGAUAACACACUAUUAUUUCUAGAUCAUCUCUAAAUAUUUCUGAGUCUAAGGAAGAUUACUAAUUUUUGUUACGGAUCUUUUUAUUGCUCUCGUUUUACUCUGCAGAAGAAAUCUUAAGAAUAAUUUUGGUAUGUCUUUUAGAUCCAGAGAUAUUUCUCGAUAAUUACUAAGGAACAAGUCGACUUGUUAUCCUUUACCUGAUUACUACUGAAUUUAUUUGUUUCUCGAGGGGUAAAAUUAAUGGUAAUUGUUGGAUCGUGUUGAGGGGAAUUUAAUGGUGGAUUUAUUGAUGGAUCCUGCAUUUAGGGUGAUGGGAUGAUGCAUGUGCCUGUAGUACUGCGGUACAAUUCAAUGUUCUCUCGUAUUGUCUGGGACAAUUUUGAGGGAGAUUAAUGUAAAGUACAUUUUGGAUGAGAUUUUAUACUACGAGGCCUAUCUGUGUAGAAUUUAUUGUGAGCCAGGAGAGCUGGCUUGGCAUCAUUAGUAGCUUUUAGUGUUGAUUGUAUUGGGUAUUUUGUGAUGAGUGGCGAAGCUCUUGAGGUACUCCCAAUACCUCUGGCAUCACGCAUCUAAAGGAUUAAAAUUGUGUAUACAUGUUGCAAUGACUAUUGAUGAAAAUUAUUAACGACAAAGCUAAAUGUAGAUCAUAGGUAACUGCGUAUGAGCUUUAAUGUACAACUGAUAUCACGUACCUAAUUAAGAGAACUUGCCAAACUUUCGGAGAAGUUUGAAACUGAUACUUGAUCGACAAAUGCCAAAGAACGAUCGAGACGUGAAAUAUUUCGUACUGGAAUUAAUAAAUUUUGCAGCGAUAUAAAAUAUCAUGUAGUAUUAUAUCGUCAAUGGAAAGUAUAUGGUGAAAAUUGUCUUGUCACUUUAUCGUUUUUGUUGUUUUAUUUCGAUCAGUUGAUAGAUCUCUCGUGAAAACUGAAACAUAGAAAUCAAUUCUUACAAAUCUGAAGGUCCAUCAAUUUUUUACGUUGAGGGGGAGAUUAUCUUGAAUUACGCAGAUGAUUGCUCAGUAACUGGGCUGUCAUGCCUGGAGAACGAAGUUAACGAAUUCGUAAAGUAAAUUGUAACGAUGCAUCGAUGAAAAAUACCCUCACCAAUAUUCACAAAAUGUACGUUUUUUGGAAAAUAUUUUGAGAAGCCAUUAUGCAGCUAGAAGCACAAGAAUAAAAAUACUCAUUAAUCAUUAAGAUGAAGAAUAGUGCGAAUUUGGAAGGACAGGGGACCUAUUCUAAGUGAACAAAAUAGUUUUUUCAUCUUUAUUAAACAGAAGAUUGUUUAAAUAAAGAAAAAUAAUUCAAACUUUGAUUUUUUUUGGAUUAUAAAUGAAAAGAUAAGAAUUUCCAUCGGAAGAAUAACUAAAAAAUAAAUUGACUUUUAUAUUUUUUCGGGGAAAAUUUCGCGUGGAAAAAUGGAUGAAGAUAUUAAAAAUAUUCGAUGUUUUUUUUAAUACAAAUAUUUUUUUAAAAUGUCGAUAUAGUAACAAUCAGAUGAGGUUUCAACACUUGGAAAAAAUUCUGAAUGAAUUCAUUUAAUCCCAUCAAUUUCUUUGAAUAGAUCCCAUGGACUCUCGAGCGUCACAACCAUGACAGUAUUAAUGUCACAGAAAAUUCAUAAAUACUAGUCUAUCUGCCUUAUAAAUAGUGGAGUCGAAGAGAGUACGAUGGCUCAAUAAUUUGGAAGAAAGAAAUCACUAUCAUUUAUUUUUCAUUACUAGAUGUUAAGAAUAUUUGGAUAGAUAAAUAUUGUACAGGAGCAGUCGAUAAAUUCUUCGCUAGACAGAAAAAAGUAAAACAUUAGAGACGAUGGAUAUGAAAGCAAUUGGCGAAAUGUCACGACGUCGCAGUGAGGAGAGAAUUUAAAAAAUUUGUAAAUAUUUGUGUUAUGCAACAGUGUAUUUUGUAUUGGGCAAAAAAAAAAUAUAUAAUAAUCUGCGCAAUAAUGCAGUUACUGUAUCCAAUGGCUGUGAAACGUCAUUUGCCACGAAUGUUGAGCUCCGGUGAGAACGAAAUAUUUAUGAGAAUAAUGAGAGAGAAGGAGUG